CUGGGUUCAGUAACACGCAGUAUUAACUUACCCUUCACCUCCUCCCAAGCAGACAACUACUUGUAGCGCUCUGGCGGUGGUUUCUGACCUCACGACGCUAAUCAACAUGGAUCUCGACUCCAGCACCACCGCCACCGAGUUCCCGCUCCCUCCAUUCACCCUCGCCCCUCUCCCCCACCUCUCUGACUACCUCCCCUCCCUCCCCUCCCUCCCCAACCCCAUCGAUUGCAUCCCCUUCUACCACCAGUCCGCCGGCUUCUACAUCGCCUCCUCCGACGUCAUCCUCCGCCACAUCGUCUUUGACCUAUCCUCCUCCGCUCCCCCUUCCCCUCUCAUCGCCUACCACCGCGCCGGACCGCGGCGGACGGUGCGCUUCGACCCGUCCGCCGUCCGCGCCGCCAUCGUCACCUGCGGCGGCCUCUGCCCGGGUAUCAACACGGUCAUCAGAGAGCUGGUGGUGGGUCUGUGGGAGAUCUACGGCGUGCGCCAGGUCUUCGGCGUGCCCUCGGGGUACCCCGGGUUUUACUCCGCUGAUCCCGUGCCACUCGACCCGAAAAUGGUGGACAGCUGGCACAAGAUGGGCGGCACCGCCUUAACCACCUCCAGGGGCGGCUUCGAUCUGGGGAAGAUCGUCGACGCUAUCGAAAGGCACGGUUUUAAUCAGGUUUAUUGCAUUGGUGGCGACGGGACGAUGAGAGGUGCUGCAAAACUAUAUGAAGAGAUUCGGCGCCGCAGAUUGUACGUAUCCCUUAUGGGGAUCCCCAAGACAGUCGACAACGACAUCGGCAUCAUAGACAGAUCCUUCGGUUUCCAAACCGCCGUGGAGAUGGCGCAGCACGCGAUCAACGCCGCUCACGUGGAGGCGGAGAGCGCCGUGAAUGGCAUCGGGCUGGUGAAACUCAUGGGCAGAAGCGCUGGCCACAUCGCUCUUCACGCCACGCUCAGCAGCCGCGAUGUCGACUGCUGUCUCAUCCCCGAGAACGACUUCUACUUGGAAGGAAAAGGGGGGCUGCUCGAGUUCCUCGACCAGAGGCUGAAGAAGAACGGGCAUGCGGUGCUCGUGGUGGCGGAAGGCGCAGGGCAGGACAUGAUACCGAGAACAGAGGCUCAGAAGGAGAUGGAUGAGUCUGGGAAUCCAGUCUUUUUAGACGUGGGUGCGUGGCUGAAGACCGAGCUGAAGGGGUGGUGGGAAAGGGAGCAUCCUGACGAGCUGUUCACGGUGAAGUACAUAGAUCCAACCUACAUGAUAAGAGCAGUCCCAGCAAAUGCCACAGACAACUUGUAUUGCACCUUGUUGGCUCAUUCAGCCAUCCAUGGAGUGAUGGCUGGGUACACGGGGUUCGUGUCAGGGCCGAUCAAUGGCAUCUAUGGCUACAUACCUCUGGAAGAGGUGGCGGUGGCCAAGAACUUGGUGGACGUAAAGGAUCACAAAUGGGCGUGGGUUCGGUCGGUGACUAAUCAACCGGAUUUUGUGAUCACAUAAGUAGGAAAAUAAAAUGUCACUUGUCGAAAAUGUACUCAAUAAAUCUCGAGAACUCUGAAUAUCUCCUCUAUACUGCCAACGCCUUGUCGA